CCUCAGCUCAGUCCCAUGUGUUCGAUUCUCCUGAUAGUUACAUUGGCCGUCGUCCUCUUCCUGGUUGCCCCGGGCGAUGGACUAAUGCGCGUAGUUCUCGACUUUGAUCGCUAUGAAAUGUUCAAUGGGACGGACUUCUUCAACAUGGAAAAGUUUCGCGUGCGAAAGUUUAACCGAACGCUGUCCGUGAUGAACGGUACCGGUGUGCUGCUGGUCGAUCUGGACGAUCGCUAUACGUUUGGAAUAGAUUUCGCACGCAGUGCACAGGGCAACAACCAGUUCCAGGCGUACCCGAUGAAGCUGGCAGCGAAACCGUUCUGUGAGUUUGUCAACCUGUACUAUCGCGAGUAUCAGCACCUGUUUCUGAAGUACACCAACCUACCGUUCGUACCACCGGAAGGCCUGUGUCCGUUCCCGAAGGGCACAUACUGGGCGAAGGAUGCACACAUUGACUCGUCCGUUAUUCCGGUGGUAGUGCCGGAGGGGCUAUGGCGAUGUACGAUCGAUAUGGUCGAUACAGAGAACGGUGUGUUGGUUUCUCGUGGGAUGAUGUUCGUUCGACUGACCAAGGAGCUGGCUUAGAGCACUACUAAUUCCUUUAAUUGAAAUUUAUCAAAUUAAGCUAACAAAAUGAGUUUUACUAUAUAAAUCAAUGAUGCCAGUCUGAUUAUUGCAAAGCAUAUUUUGAUUAUAAUUCAAACUGCACAAACUGCAAAUCUAGAUCACAU